UCAGGCUUAGUGUGAAUUAAUAUAUGUUUUAUAUUAUAAAUAAUGCCUAAUUCGAUUUAAAACGCAGUAUGGCCGUGUUUCGUAGAUGUUACAGACUCCAGCUGCUGCAGUCCGUUACCAGGUGGCUAAAUCCUCUAAGCACUACACAUCUGCACCAAGGGAGAACCGAAAGAGCGGAGUGGAUCCAGCAGCGGCGCCUUCACGAUGCCGCCCCGGCUCGACGCCCUUUCUCGGGAGUCACUCCCGAUGACGUGAACUUCUUCAGAGAGCUUCUGCCAGGAAGAAUCAUCACAGACCCUGACGUGUUGGAGUCCAGUAAUGUGGACUGGCUCAAGUCAGUGAAAGGUAGCAGUGAGGUUCUGUUACGACCCAGAACUACAGAGGAGGUGUCUCAGGUCCUCAGGUACUGCAAUGAGAGGAACCUGGCAGUGACUCCUCAGGGUGGGAACACAGGACUGGUAGGAGGCAGCGUUCCUGUGUUCGAUGAGAUCAUCCUCUCCACCGCCCUAAUGAACCAGGUCCUCAGUUUUGACAGCAUCUCAGGUAUCUUGACGUGUCAGGCCGGCUGCGUGCUGGAGAACGCGUCUCGGUACGUGGAGGAGCGAGAGUUUAUCAUGCCGCUGGAUCUGGGAGCGAAGGGCAGCUGUCACAUCGGAGGAAACGUGUCCACCAAUGCCGGCGGCCUCCGACUUCUGCGCUACGGGUCACUCAGAGGGACGGUCCUGGGUCUAGAAGUGGUGUUGGCCGAUGGCCGGGUCCUGGACUGUCUGGCGAAGUUACGGAAGGACAACACGGGCUACGACCUGAAGCAGCUCUUCAUUGGUUCUGAGGGAACGCUCGGCGUGGUCACUGCCGUGUCCAUCCUGUGCCCUCGUAAACCCAAGUCUGUCAACGUGGCCUUUUUAGGGUGCUCGAGCUUCCAGAAGCUCCUGGAGACGUUUCAGAUCUGCCGUGGCAUGCUGGGAGAGAUCCUCUCAGCUUUCGAGUUUCUGGACGCCCCCUGCAUGAACUUGGUGGAGCAACAUCUCAAACUUUCCAACCCUAUUACAGAGAGUCCCUUUUACAUCGUGAUCGAGACGGCCGGAUCCAAUGCAGCCCACGAUGAGGAGAAACUCCACAACUUUCUGGACAAAGUCAUGACAUCGUCACUGGUCACCGACGGCACGGUAGCAACAGAGGAGACGAAAAUAAAGGCGCUUUGGUCUAUAAGAGAGAGGAUCACCGAGGCACUACGGUACGAUGGGUUCACCUACAAAUACGACAUCUCGCUUCCUCUGGAGAAAAUCUACGACCUGGUCACGGAUAUGCGACAGCAUCUGGGCAGCAGGGCCAAAAACGUGGUCGGCUACGGGCAUCUGGGUGACGGGAACGUCCAUCUGAACAUCACGUCUCCUUCCAAAGACCCGGACUUGCUGGCGGCCAUCGAGCCGUACGUGUACGAGUGGACGAGUCGCUGGCAGGGCAGCGUCAGCGCCGAGCACGGCCUCGGCCUCAAGAAGAGGAACUACAUCUAUUACAGCAAGGCACGUCCGGCCGUGGGUCUGAUGGCCGACGUCAAGGCCAUGCUGGACCCUAAAGGGAUUCUCAACCCGUACAAAACCCUGCCGGAUCACUAAUCUAAAUGGGUUUAAAUUUCUGCGGUUUGAAAUUCACGCAAUUUGGAGUGACCAAUCAGUCUAGUGGUAUAUUUUCAGAGUCAAACCAGUACAGACAUGGGAAGACCUGGUAACACCGGGUCUGCCUACUGCAUGCUUGAUCAGCUGCCUCAGUAGAGAGUGUUCUAAUAAGAGAUCAGACUCAUAAGGCAGAUUAUUUAGACACACUACUUAGACGGCGAUUACGUCACCUCAGUUUUAACACAGUUGGGCUCAGGCCGUUCUAACGUCACCCUCAGUGUACCGAAAACGCUUAACCUGUCCCCGACGAGCCUGAAUUUACAAAUAAACGACACUUGUGCACCUUUA